AUGCCACCAUCAACGGCGCGACGCCGACGCAAAUUAGAAGAAGAGGAGAGCACGCCACCCUCGACGCCACCGCGACGAGGUCCUCGCUCUUCAACAGCAAAAGAAGAACGAGGAAAAGGAGGAGGAAACACAAAAUUGGGGAAAAUUGGACCCCCGAAAUCCCCCAUCAAACGCGCCAUCAAACUCGUCCGGACGCAACUCUACCGACCGAAAAUUCCAAUAUUCUCCUCCGCGUUCGUGUUGGCGAUCAUAUUUAUCAUCGCACCGUACGUGGAUAAGACGUAUCAUAAGAUUUCAGAGGAAGGGAGGGUGGCUUCGGAUUUGGGGGAUGUGAGGUUUGAUGUUGGGAAAUUUACCGUCCAGUGGCAAAACACGGAGCAAACGCUGAAAAUCACGCACAAGAGAGCCAAGUUUUGUUUCCGGCAGCGCUUGUGUCCAAUCACGGAAACGUGGUCGUCCAUCUCCAAGAGACCGUUUUUAACGCUCGCGAGCGGGCCGAUUAAAGUGCACCAGUUGAUCCACGGGCAUUUUAGGAUACAGGUUUUAGAUAAGUUGAGAACGACGGUACAGACGAUCGAUAGUAUGGAAAGGAAGACGUGCGAGGUGCAUUACGACGGGAGGGUGGAGAGGAAGACGAGGACGACGGAUGUUGAGGAGGAGGACAAAGACGACGGCGGCGGAGGCGUCGCGUUGAUUGAAGUCGAUAGUAGCGGUAGUAGUAGUAGUAGUAGUAGUAGUAGUGGUAGUGGUAAUAAUGGGAAUAGUCAGAAUAGCAAUAGUAACGUAGAAUUAGUGGAGUGCAUAGUCAUCAAAGGGACGGUGGUGAAAGAGGACGCGUGGAUUGACCACUUCGUGAACACAUUUUACGAACGACGAAGUAAAAUGUACCACGCGCUCUUCUCGGACGACCAAGAAUCGGAAAUUGAGUUAGCGAAGCAGAAAGCAAACGCGAAAUUGAGAGCGUCAUAUUCCGUCGCGCUUGCAUCCAGAAGCGAUGAUAGAAUUGGAUUCACGAUUAUUUGGGACGAAAUCGUUCCGGGCGUUCAAAGAUCCCCGAGGAGGAAUCGGAGGAUGGUGAACUUGAACCAUUUGAUUUUGACGCACGCGGUGGAGAAGCGCGAGCGAGUGUAUGGAUUAGGUGAACAAUACACAUCGAUCGAACACACAGGUAGGAGAGUGCCAAUCAUAACUGGCGAACAAGGCGUAGGGAGAGGGAAGCAACCGAUUUCUGCGACCGCGGAGCUCCUAUUUAAAGGUUCCAGCGGCGAUUGGUGGACAACCUACUCGGCGAUUCCACAUUACGUCACCUCGAAGGCGCGAUCGUUUUUUCUCACCAAUUACACGUAUUCUGAGUUUGAUUUUACGGAGGAAAACGCAAUCAGCGUGCACGUGGUUGCGCCUACCGGCAUAGUUUGCGGUCAAAUCAUCGCAGCGAUAGAUAUUCCGGGCGUAUUACAAGCGUACACGGAAUAUUCUGGACGCAUUAAACCGUUACCGGAAUGGGCGAUGCGAGGCGUCAUCGUCGGUAUGACUGGCGGUCCAAGUAAAGUCAGACGCAUCGAAAAACAGCUAACCGAUGGCGGGGUGAAAAUAGCCGGGUUUUGGUUACAAGAUUGGUCGGGAUUUCGAAACACGAGCAUCGGCAUCGAACGCGUCUGGUGGAACUGGAAACUCGAUGAAGAUUUAUACACGGAUUGGCACGCGUUGCGCGAGGAGUUUGAAAAGAAAGGCACACACUUGGCAACGUACGUGAAUCCGUUUUUGAUGGACUCGAAAGACCAUCACGGAGAUUUAUACCGUUUUGCUUUAGAGAAUGGGUACUUCAUCAAGAACAAGAAAGGCGAAGGGUACGGUUUCGUGAGUGAACCAGGGGUUACGUUUUCCUUGUUGGAUUUAACCAACCCGGAGUGCGUGCGUAUGGAUCGAAAAUCGAAAGCGUUCAUGGCAGAUUUUGGAGAAUAUUUACCGUUCGAUGCAACUCUGAAAUCUGGAGAGUUACCAAUUUUAACGCACAACCGGUACCCGGAAGAUUGGGCGAGGAUUCAAAAACGCGCUCUGCGACGCGCCGGCUUGGAGAAAACGGGAUUUUUCUGGACGAGAUCGGCGAGUUUAUUGACGCCGUCAUUUACGAGCGUUCAGUGGGUUGGCGACCAACUCGUGAGUUGGGAUAAUCGAGACGGCAUUAAAUCCGCGCUGAAUGGCAUAUUAACCGGCGCUUUAAGCGGUUUGACUUUGAGUCAUUCGGAUAUCGGCGGGUACACGGCGACGCCGGGGCGACACCGAUCGAAAGAAUUGCUGAUGCGAUGGAUGGAAUUGAAUGCGUUUUCAGACGCUGUGUAUCGUUCACACCAAGGAAACAGACCACACCACAACGCGCAAGUAUGGGACGACGAGGAGAUUAUUGCGCAUUUAGCGUGGUGCACGUCCAUGCACAUUGCGUUGCUCGAAUACAAACGCGAAGCUAUGCGCGAGGCGGAAAACGUCGGUUUACCUAUGACGCGAAUGAUGUUCAUUCACUACACCUACGACGAAGUAGCGAGUGAUUUGACCUCGCAGUUUUUACUCGGACGGGACUUGUUGAUCGCGCCGGUUUUGGAUCGUAAAACGUCGAGAGUGCAUUGUUAUUUACCUCGCGAAGACGUGUGGAUGGACGCGUGGACAACCAUUUUAGCGCCGAUAUCGACGUCGGCGGUAAGAAAGAAAAAAAGUGGCGACGACGAGGAAAGUAGUGGGAGCGGGACAUGGGUGACCGCGGAUGCCCCGAUGGGUUGGCCCGCGGUGUUUAUCCGCUCAGGGGCAAGUAAGACGGCCAAAGCUGCGGCUGCGGCAUUACGCGAGUUGGCGGUUGAGAAAGGCGGCGUGCCAUCCAAAAGGCGCGUUAAGAUCAUGGAUCCAGUUGAAAAACUGAUUCUAGGAUUAGUUUAG